AACAGCAAUGAGAGUUGGCUGAUGCGGAAGAUGAAAGCGAAACUUGCAUUCAAUUCGGGCGUUGUUAUGAACUUUACCCAAAGGCGUACAAUCGGCGGAACACAGUUUUUAAUUUAAAGAUGUUUUAGUCAGAAAAGCAAUCGGGGUUACAGCCAGCAAUGUCAUUCCCCACUCUUUGCUGAUCAUAUCUCGUCGACUGGUGAGAACAAUUGCACCUGGGUUCAGAGAUUUGCUGAGAAUGUUCGGAUGGAUAGGACCCCAGGCCCUGCUCCUGUUUUUCGUCCUCUGGAUUUCCUCAACGCUGGCAGAGGACUUCCAACUCUCCUGCUCCCAGCGCCCAGUUGUGGCGGAGGUUGGCGACACAGUUGUGUUGGAAUGCCAGCUGGCCCCAUCGUUGCCCCUCAAGGGUUUGGAAAUUCGCUGGACCAAAGGCAAAGAGCUGGUGCAUCUCUACAGAUUCGAGCAGGAUGAGAACACUGAGCAGUCUGCUGACUACAAGGACAGGACCCAGCUGUUUGCCAGUGAAUUCCAGAGAGGCAAUAUUUCCCUGAAACUCAAGCAAGUCGUGUUGCCGGACAGUGGGAUAUACAAGUGUUUUGUGGAAUCGGAAGCCCGUGGAUUCAAAGAUGCAAAUGUCAUCCUGAAAGUGGCAAGUUUUGGAGAAUGGCCUACAAUCAAUUUGAACAAGUACACGGGGAGCGGAAUCCAGCUGCAGUGCAAGUCCGAGAACUGGUUUCCCUCACCCAUAGUGCAGUGGAGCAACGAGAAAGGUAAUAUCCUGACACAGCAUGAACAGCCAGGAACAGAGGAGAACAGCUUAGUCACCGUGAAGAACAACAUUGAUGUGACCAGUGAUUCUGGGAACACCUUUAGCUGUCUGCUACAAAGCGACAUACUGAACAAGGCAGUCAGUGCAACGUUCUAUGUCCCAGAUGAAUUUUAUCCCGUGACAUCUAUUUGGCUUUACAUGUUUCUCUUGAUUUUCUUUGGCAUCUUUGCGGUCAUCGCUGGCCUCUUUUUUUUCUUCAGGAGACAACAGAAAUACAUCCGAGAACUAACUGCACGGCCAUCAGUAAACGAGUAUAAGGCGAAGAAAUCCGAAAAUGCGAAACUCACAAACCAAAUGGAUACUUACUGGAAGGAGCUAGGUAAAAUCCGCCCUCUCCCUGAACUAGCUGUUCAGAGAAUGACUAAUGCUGCAGAUUGCAUCUUCCUGGACAGUGACACUGCGAAUUCAAGACUCCUGAUAUCCUCUGACCUGACCACCGUGAGCUGCACUGCAGGAGACAGGAUUCCCGCUGACAGCAGUAGGAGGUUCCAGUCCAGGUUAGCCGUGCUGGGAAAGACCGGAUUCGCCAGCGGCAGGCAUUACUGGCUGGUGAAAGUGGACAGUCAUUCUGCCUGGGACCUGGGAGUGGCCAGGGAGUCAGUAACCGGGGAGGGAAACCUACCUUUGAGCCCUGAAAAUGGAUACUGGACUAUUGGGCACGAUGGGGAGAGAUACUGGGCCAACUUCACCAACCCUUUGGAAAUCAUGUGCAGAGAGAAUCUCGGGAGAAUUGGAAUAUAUGUCAACUAUGAUGCUGGACAGGUUCUGUUCCUUGAUGGUGCUACCUACUCACACCUCCAUAGUUUCACCUGCAGCUUCGAGGGGCUUAUUUUCCCCUUCCUCAAUCUCUCAGAGUCUGGGGAAUGUUCCAUUUUACAAUCAACCCCGCUAUUGCCCAAUUCAGCUCUCUUCUGCGCCUCCCCGCAUAUAGGUUGGGCUCGGGGUGUGCCAAUAUUUACAGGGUGUGCCCGGGAAGGGUGUCAGUGUUUACAAUCGUCUCUGGGACUGUGUCAGUAUUUACAGAGAUCUCCUAAAGAGCAUGUCAGUACUUACAUAGGGUGCCCACGGGCCCUGUGUCUGUAUUUACAGGGUGUCCUCUGGGAGUCUGUCUGUAUUUACAGGGAUCUACAUCUUGCGCUGCAGUGCUGCCUCUCCCACACUGCACUCCUAAUCCUAGCAAAGCCUGUGGAACAGCCAGGAGAUUGUUUGGAGAGUGUAGGAGAUGUGUUCCGAGUCACUGGCCCGGAAACUCCAAUCAUCGCCUCGGUGGGUGGGGUGGCAGUGUUGGAAUGCCAGCUGAUCCCAGAGAAACCCCUACCGGGCAUGAAGAUAGAAUGGGCUCGCAGUGACUCUGAGCAGCACGUGCCCAUCCACAGCUACACCUUUGGGCUGAAUGUGGAGGAACAGCCUGCUCCGGCGUACAGGAACAGGACAGAGUUCUUUAAGCAGGAGUUUAACCAGGGGAAUGUCUCUCUCAGACUGCGAGAUGUCCGGCUGCAGGAUGAAGGAGACUACCUCUGCAUGGUUGAGUCCAGGGGAUUCAUUGAGCAGGCACCCAUGAAGCUGAAGGCCACGAGUUUCGGCCAGCGUCCUGUGAUACGAUUGGAAGGAUACCAGCACGAUGAAAUCGGGCUGCACUGUAAUUCAUCCAGCUGGUACCCAGUUCCCAUGAUGCACUGGGAAGAUGGCAAGGGCAAGAACAUGACGGAGAGGUCAAGGAUGACAUCGACGAAGACAGCGGAUGGCCUGUACGAAGUCUCAAGCAGCAUUGAGGUGACAGCUGGUUCGAGCAACACCUUCAGGUGUUUAGUGAAGAGUGCCAUCUUGAAGAGCUCACGGCAGAGCAGUCUCAGCAUCCCAGAUGAAUUUUUCCCCAGAAUGUCACGUUUCUUCAUUGCCUUCAUCGUGUUUCUCAUCUUGCUCCUUGGAUUGCUGGCAGCUGCCAGUUACUAUCAGUACAAACAGCAGAAACAGAUAAAAGAGCUGCUCAAACGUCCAACUAUCAAAGACUUCAAAGAUUUAUCAAAACGAACAGAGCAACUUCAGAAUGAUGUUGACAAUGCCCAUGCUAAUUUAGAUCAAGAGAAGAAACUGUGUCAAACAGCUGCCGAGAGGGUCAUCACUGCUGCAGUACCUGUGACCUACGACCCGGAGACUGCCAACCCUUACCUGAUAAUCUCCGAGAACCGGCUGACUGUGACGUUCAGCGACAGUUGGCAAGAACUUCCAGAAAGCCCAAAGAGGUUCACCUCCCGGCUCUUUGUGAUCGCGGAAGAAGGGUACGAGAGCGGGAGCCAAUACUGGGAGGUGCUGGUGGGCAACAAGCCGGACUGGGAUCUGGGAGUAGCCAAAGAGUCCAUCUCCAGGGAAGAGUGGAUCACGCUGAGCCCGGAGAACGGGUACUGGUCCAUCGGGAAGCGGGGUGAUACCUACGAGGCCAAUGAAAUAAGCCCUGAAACCCUAGAGUACAAGACCAUGGCUCAGAAAAUAGGCAUCUACCUGAACUGUGAAGAGGGGAUAGUUCGUUUCUAUGAUGCCGACCACAUGGUGCUAAUCCAUAGCUUCACGGCACAAUUCACGGAGAAGAUCUACCCAUUCUUCAGCCCCUGGGGAUCCCGGGAGGAGAUGACAAUCUGCCCCUUUAAUUCCCCAUUGUCUAGUGUCAAGCAGACCUUACGCGAUGGGCCUUGGACAAUUUAGAUCGAGAAGGAGUGAAACUAAUUCACUGUUGCAAAGGGAACAAGAUGACAAUAAGUGACAUGGACAUUGCCAUUCUUAUUUUUAAAUGGUUUACAAGAUUUGUCAUGCUCAGCGAAGUGAAUCCACACUGGCACCUGUGUGGCUGACACAAGAAGUUUGUACAUGCUGAGCCCUUUCCCCCAUGUGAGAAUGGGUCACACUCGCCCUACUCAGGCCCAUUCCCAUCUUGAAGGUAUUAACUUGAAAGGCAAUGUACUAGACCAAACAUCAGUGCCAUGACUCAAAAGUAAUUCCUAAUAAUUCCUAAUGGAGCAGUUGAAAUGAAUAAUAACCUGCUUAAGGGGAAGCUGGAGAAACACGAGAAUUGCUGAGAUGGUGCAGAUAUAAAUGGAGACGAUGAUUUUUGGUAGUGACUAGUAACCAGAUUAAUGCUCUUGGGGCACAGAUUAAUAUCCCUGUCUCUGCUUGAGCUAUAAAUGCUCCUUUAUCUAACACUAAUACAUCUACUCCUUCUGUAAAGCAAAAUUUAGUUGUCACUGCAGUUAAGUGUUGAAUGUUGAACUAAACGUUUAAAGCUCAUACCGAACUAUGACUAAACUUAGAAAGAUGAGUUAUUUUAAGCACAGUAAGAGGCCAUCUUGCACAUUUUGUGUUGAAUUUCUGCUCCUCUGGCGAUUUCAAUCCAAAAGACAAUUUCUACCUGCUCCAAAAGUCCAUGGUUCUGAACAUGUGAGACCUUUCAUUCAAUUCACUUCAGCUUUCAAUGCCCCUUGUAACUUACUGUUCUCUCUCUCUCUCUCUCUCACCAUGGUCAUUAGCCCAAUCUGCUCCUCAUCCCUGCCCUGUUAUCCUAGAGCAUUCAGAUGAGUUAGACAAGUGGUUUAACCAUUUGCCAUCUUAUUUGGCUGAACCACAUAAAGUGUAACAGUAUUGGGUCCCUGCUCUUGUCUGCUAAGACUGCUCACCAUUCCUCUUGGCCAGCGACUAGCGCUUAGUGUCCUUAUCCAACAAACUCUCCUCUGAACAUUGACAAUCCCCUGCUCCCCCUCACUGCCCAGCUCUCUUGACCCCUGUUCUGAUGCUAAAUGAUCAGGCAGUUAGUAGGAUUGCCAGUCCUGAGUGAGCAAGAACAUUUCUCCAAUUAAAUUUUGGGAUGAGUGAACCCAUUGUUUUCACUUCCACUCCAAAUGCAGUUCCUGAGUUAUAAGAUCCGUGUGUCACCUUAAUGACGACAAUCUCAGAUAAUUCCAGUCUGCUCGUGAUUUGAUGUGAAGAUGAGCUCGGAGAAAGUGAGGACUGCAGAUGCUGGGGAUCAGAGCUUAACUAUGUGUUGCUGGAAAAGCGCAGCAGGUCAGGCAGCAUCAAAGGAGAAGGAGAAUCAAUGUUUCGGGCAUAAGCCCUUCUUCAGGAAUGAGGUGGGUGUGCCAAGUAGGCUAAGAUAAAAAGUAGGGAGGAGAGGAGGUUAACCUCCUUCCACCUAUCGCAUUCCCUACGACCCUCCCCCAAGUCCCUCCUCCCUACCUUUUAUCUUAGCCUGCUUGGCACACCCUCCUCAUUCCUAAUGUAAAGAUGAGCUUCCAAGCACCCUCAAAAAGACUGCCUACUUCCACCUCACUCCCUUUUCACUAAAGAGCCAGGAAUCUUUGUCAUAUUUGACUUCAUGUUGACUUCCUCUCAGACUGUUACCAGGCAUAUGGAUAUACAGUAGUCAGUCACUGGCAUAACAGCCCCAGAUUCCACACCCAUCUCAGCUCAUCCACUGUUGAAACCUUCAUCCCCACCCUGGUCACCUCUGGGCUUGACUAUUCCAGUGUGUUCCUGGCAGGUUCCCUCACGUAGUAUUCUCCAUAAAUCGGAGGUUGUCCACAAAACUGCAGAGGGUCCUCUAUUUGCAGCGAAUCCCGUUCUCCUCUGGCCCCAGUGCUCGCUGACUUGCAUUGACUCCCAGGUUUUAAAGUUCUCAUUAUUAUUUUUAAAUCCAUCUAUGUGUCACCAAUCCUUCCCAUUGGUAUAUUCUUCCCCAGUCGCAGAACUCUGACACUCCCCCUCCCCACACCCCCCCCAAAAAAAAGACGUCUUUGUUUAUCUUAUUCUGGCCUCUGGAGAGGUGACAUUGCUCUUAAUCACUUCAUCAUUGGGGAUCAUCUCUCAACUACCUCUAACCCUCUGCCACAUUUUCAAAACUCAAGACUCUCUUAAAGUUCCAUUGACUGAGUUAAUGACCAUCUGAUAUCAUCAAUCCAUUGUGCUUGAUGCUGUGUUUUGUACGAUUCCAAUCCUGUGAAGUGCCUUUAAUGUUUUACUACGU